UCGCGCCUGUGUCAACAGCGGUAAUGACUGGCCAGUGAUGAACGCAGUCCUAAAUUUUCUCAGCCAAUGAAAAAGCGAUAUUCGAUACCGCGCAAAUUUACAAAAUGGCGGCAAACAUCCAGUCAAACACGGGUAAUGCUGAAGAUUGCGUUUUGAACUCUUUGAAAGCGAGAAAUGAACCUCUUACUUUAGCCGAAAUAUUGGAGAUGUCCUCGUUUCCUUCCCGACAAAUUGAGAAAGUAUUACAGCGUUUGGAAUGCGAGCAAAUAAUAUGCAGCCACUUCACUGCUAAAGAAGACACCAGGGUUUAUUCUCUGAACGCCAAAGAUAGUGAUACGAAAUGUUUCUUGGGAACGCAAAAUACUACAAAGCCGAACACAACACCUGGGACGUCAAGGAAACGACCUUUGGUCUCAAGGAGCAGUUCCAAAUUGAGGCAACCUUUUAAGUCACCUCUUCAAUCAAGACAACAGAGCACAGUGGUUGCAGACAAAGGUUCACUAUUUGAAGAAAUUGAUGAUUUAAAUGGAAAGUUAGAGAUCCUAAACAAUGACAUCGCAGAACUCAGUAAAGAGUACAGUGAAGAAGAGCUUCAGCAGCACAUACAGAAGCUUCAUGAAUACAAUGAGAUCAAGGAUGUGGGCCAGCUUCUCAUCGGCAAAUUGGCUGAGAUAAAUGGCACUACAACAAGAGCUACGUAUCAAGAAUUUGGAUUAGAUCUUGAAGACUAAAUUACCAUGAGGUA